GUAAUAAUUAUUGUUUGGCCCAAUGUCCACAAAGGUGGAUGUCGGGAAGGCUCAUGAAAUGAAACAUGAACGCACCAUAUUUACACCAUCAAAUUGGCGCCAUCCGUGGGACCUAUUACAAAAGUCAUGGCCAGUAACCAGGAAACCGCGAUCUCACAAAUAUCUGCCCCCGCUGAGAACGUCACUUCGUUCCCGGGAGGUAACACCCAGCAAAUAACCCAGAUUCCUACCCCCAUCAUCACCAUUCCACAACCUGUCCCAUUCACUUCCCCCGUAAACCCCGUUCCUGUUUUUCCUUCAAACUUCCCAGGGCCCCUGGAUCCAAUGUACAGCCAGGCCCUGCAGAAUUUUGGACAUUUCAUGUCCAUGUUCCAGCAACCGGGAGGGUUUUUCAAUCCGGGAUUAUUUUCACAAUCCACGCCCCAAACUAAUGUCAUUCACCCGAUCGUCCCGACAAACCUAAUCGGGGAGAUGGAUAAGGCCGGUCCAUCCCGGUCUAGGAGAAGCCGGUCCCGGAGGUCACAGACAAAGGUGACCUCGGAUGGGAAUGUGCGGUCAGUCCACAGCAAGGACGAGGAUUGGGACCUCCCCCAAGCACACAAAAAACUGAAGGGAAAGGAGGUUCAACCAGAAGGAUCUAGGAGGUCGGCCUUUCAAAGGCUGGGGCACGAUGGCCGAAAUCAAAACCGGUCGGUAAAGGAACGGUUGGGGGUGGAAACCAUCCCAGCCAGUGCCUUUAAUCAUGCGGGGAGGGGAGCCGGGCGACCUGGUCAGACCAGGCGAAUGGAACAGCCUCAACGCGAUGAGCCCCAGCACAGCCGGACGCCGCGAGAAGAAGAAGCCGAAAGCCACCCCAGGCACCCGACCCGUUCUCAUAUUGAGCAACCACGGGAUCGUGUGGGCCGGGUUGAGGCGCGGCUGGAAAAACUACAACGCCGGGUAGACCGGGAAGAGAAGAAGAAGAUUCUGCUGAACGAAUCUCCGUUCACAGACCGGGUUCAUGAGACCCCGUUUCCAAAAAAGGCGAAACUUGAAGUCCCUAAAUUCACCGGGAAAGAGGACCCGGAAAUUCACGUCAAAACCCUCCAUCAAAGUGGGCGGAUGAUGGGUCUUUCCGGGGAUGAGAAAUGCUUGCUUUUCUUUCAAACCCUUCGCGGCCGCGCCGCCGAGUGGUUUCAUAACUUACCAGCCGGCGAGAUCGAUUCGUUCGAUGAGCUGGCUGAGGGUGAGGUUGACAAGGUGGAGGAGAUGGACGACAAAACAGCCAUGUCCCUCCUUGUGUCCGGGCUCCGGUCCGGGGAACUUUACAAAGAAUUUUGCAGGAGGCCUCCCCAGUCCUACCAAGAGGCCUAUAACACGGCCUCGGAGUAUGCUGACGCUGAAGCCCAGGUGUUAUCCAAGAGGGAGGCCGACCAGGGCCGUUCAAGGGAAAAAAUUUCCUUGAGAAAGGAGAUCACAUUGCCCAGUAAGGCAAAAGCGGAAGUGAUGGAGGUAAAGCCGGCCAAAACAGAGAAGGCACCAACCAGCGAGAAACAGUGGACGGAGAAGUAUUGCUCCUUUCACAAAACUGACUCCCAUAACACUGCAGAGUGUAACAGUGUGAAGGGAGUAAUAAAGCAGAUGAUUCAGGCCGGAGAGCUUGAUCCUGAGUACCUGGCUCAGGCCAAACAAAAGAAGAACCAAUGGGUCAGGCCUGAGGGACAGCCGGCCGACCAAAACAAGAAGAAGAAAGCAGCCGGCAAGGAGCAUUUACAGGCGAGACGGGAGCCGAUCACUUUUACUGACCGGGACCUCCCCGCCACCGGAGAAGAUCACAAUGAUCCCCUGGUAAUAACUAUGGACAUGGGUGGAGUCGAUGUCUCCCGGGUACUUGUUGACACGGGCAGUAGUGUUAACGUUUUGUACCUGGACGCGUUUGAGAAGCUCAAGUUGUGUCGGACACGGCUUGAGCCCUUAAAAACUCUCCUGUCCGGGUUUACCGGGGAUUCCGUCGAAGCUAAAGGGUCAAUCCUUCUAACUUGUGAGCUGGGCACAGGCGACCAGGUCGUCCAGAAGCAGAUGAGGUUUGUAGUUGUGAACAUCAAAUGUGUUCACAAUGCUAUCUUAGGCCGGCCUGGUAUAAACAAGGUCCGUGGGAUCAUCUCUAUGGCCCACCUCUGUAUGAAGUUCUAUACCCCGGGCGGUAUAGGGCAAGUCAGAGGUGAUCAAAAGAAGGCCCGGCAUUGCUACUUGGAAGCUGUAAAGAAAAUGACCAGGGCAUUCGAAGGAAUCACCUUGGUCUCCCAAGAAGAAGACCGGUCAAAACUGAAGCCGGGCGAUGAAACUGAGCAGAUUGUACUCCGGGGAGCCUUCCCGGAAAGGAUGGUGAGGAUCGGCAGAGAUCUGCCAAGAGGACUUCGAGAUGAAAUCAUCUCAGUCCUUCGGGAAUAUGCAGACAUUUUUGCUUGGAUUUUGGCGGACAUGCCGGGCAUUGAUCGUUCUGUUAUAUGCCAUCAUCUGGCUAUAAUGGAGGGGAGCCGGCUGGUGAAACAGAGAAAGAGGCACUUGGCAAACGUCCGGAGGGACUUUGUUAAAAAAGAGUUCAAGAUAGAAUACAAACCAAGGACAGCAAUCAAGGGUCAAGCCUUGGCAGACUUCCUCGUUGAACUGACCGGUCUAGAACCCGAAGCCGGACCUUCCCAUAUGGUCGAACCAUGGUGGGAUAUGGCCGUGGAUGGGGCUUCUGGACCGAAGGGAUGCGGGGCCGGUGUGGUCUUCACUACCCCAGAAGGGUUCAAGAUUUACCAUGCCUUGGUCUUCAACUUCAAACUCACCAAUAAUGAGGCGGAGUAUGAAGCUUUGGCCGGUGGUCUCAGAUUAGCCCGGGCGCUUGGAAUAAAAAGGAUGAAAAUCCGUUCUGACUCGAGUCUAGUGGUUGGACAGGUCAAUGGUGAAAUGGAAGUGAAAGAGGAUCGUUUGGCCCGAGUGACUUCAAGAAGAGCAACUGGAGAGACGCCUUUCGUGCUAAGCUACGGGUGUGAGGCCCAGCUACCAGUAGAGGCAGAAAUUCCAACAUUCAGAGAAAUGGUCUAUCAGCCCGGUCUGAAUGAGACUGAGCACUUAGCUGAGUUAAAUCUGGUGGAGGAACGAAGGACUAUAGCAGCUGUCAAGAUGGCCGGUUACCAGCAGUCGGUAAAGCGGUAUCAUGACGACCGGGUAAGACCGCGGUACUUCCAAGUACAUGACGAGGUCUUGCGCAGGAGGGAUGCCAGUAAGCCUAAUGAGAGGGGCAAGCUGGUGCGAAACUGGGAAGGGCCCUAUCGGAUCAAAGCGAUCGUCAGACCGGGCACUUACCAGUUGGAGACAAUGGAAGGCGGCCGGGUCGAGCGGUAAAUUUUAUAGAUAAAGUGUAAUGAGUUCCCAGCCUUUAAUAAAAAUUUCUUUUCAGAAAGAUUGUUCUCAUGUGCACUAACCGGUCAUUCAUCGCAUACUGAUCUACCCGGUUAGAUGUCCAAUCGAGUUGGACGACACAAAAAAAAAAGUUCGGUCUGACCGAUCCUAUACCUCAUCCGUACUGACACGGGAGUUAAAGCGAUUUGGCUUAACUAAUGGGA